AUGAGGACCCUUGCAUGGAACUGUCGGGGUGCUGGUAGAGCCUCGACAGUUCGAGCCAUCAGGGAGCUGAUCCGUGAGUCCACUCCGGAGGUAGUCUUCCUGUCAGAAACUAAAUCAAAAACUCCAAGAAUAGGUAUGAUAAAUUCUAAAUUGAAAUAUGUUGAUUUUCAUUGUGUGGAGCCUAGCGGGCGUUCUGGUGGCUUAGCUUUGUUUUGGAGGCUAAGUGUUGAUUUAGAAGUGGUUUAUUCAAACUUGAACCUAAUUGCUGCUCUUGUUUAUUCUGAUCCUCCUAAUUCCCCUUGGUUAUUAUUUGCUGUUUAUGGGCCUUGCAAGAGUAGUAAGAAAAUGAAUUUUUGGAGGAUGAUAGAGAACAUGGUGCUCUCCUUUUCUGGACCUUGGGUAAUCAUUGGGGACCUAAAUUGUAUAAAAAGAAUGGAUGAGAAAAGAGGGGGUCGAUCAACUUCUGGUCAUAACCCAAUAUUGUUGGAUACUCAUUUUGAGUCUGAAACUUUGAAUCGCCCCUUCAGAUUCGAAGCAAUGUGGACGAAGGAAGAUAGCAGUAGAGUUGUGGUUGAUAAUGCUUGGCAAUUUGAUGUAGAGGGAUCCCAUAGUUUCCGUCUUGUAAAUAAGCUGGAAAAGACGAAGAAGGACUUAAAGAAAUGGAAUAAGGAGGUUUUCGGCAUUGUCAGGGAGAGAAUUAAGUCGCUUCAAGCUAACAUUGCUGGAAUUCAACAAAAACCCCCCACAAAAGAAAAUUUAGAAUUGGAAGCUGCACUUAGUCUUGAAUUAGAUGAUUGGUUGUUGAGGGAUGAAUUAAGAUUGAAGCAGAAGUCUAGAGAAUUAUGGUUGAAAGAGGGUGAUCGAAACUCGAGAUUCUUUCACCUUUCCACUCUUAUUCGGAGGAGAAGGAAUCGCAUAGAGGAAAUCAAAUUGGAGGACGGAUCUUGGAUAACUAAUAGGUCUGACAUCCAGAGUUAUUUUGAAGAAAAUUUUAAGACUCUGUAUCGAACCAGUGAACCCCAAGUUCCUAGAGACCUAGAGAAUUUAAUUGGCCCUUGCAUAUCUGAGGAAGAAAAUCGAGAGCUUUGCAGAAUUCCUUCCAGGGAAGAAAUUCGAAAGGUGAUUUUUGGAAUGAAGUCUCUAAAGGCUCCUAGCCCUGAUGGUUUCCCAGCUUUGUUUUAUAAACACUACUGGGAUAUUGUUGGUGAUCAAGUGGUGAUUGCAACUCAAAGUUUUUUUAGAGACGGCUGGCUAUUAAGGAAUCUUAAUCGGACCUUUAUUUCUCUUAUUCCAAAGAAACCAGGAGCUUGCAAUUUUAAUCAAUUCCGUCCGAUAGGCCUUUGUAAUGUUUGUUAUAAGGUAAUAUCCAAGAUUUUGGUGAAUAGAAUGAGACCUUUACUGAAUAAGAUAGUGGAUCCUGCUCAAGUAGCUUUUGUUCCUAACAGAAGUAUUACUGAAAAUGUGGUGCUUGCUCAAGAGAUUGUUCACAACUUCAAGCAGACUAGGAAGAGGAAGGGCUAUUUAGGAGUGAAGCUAGACUUUCAAAAGGCCUAUGAUAGGAUGGAGUGGAGCUUUCUUAUGAAGGUUCUCAAGGCUUUGGGCUUCAAUGAUAAGUUUUCCAACCUCAAUUAUCUAUGUAUCUCCACAGUCCAAUAUUCUCUUUUACUGAAUGGUGGAGUUUGUCAAAGUUUUAAUCUUGGUCGUGGCUUAAGGCAAGGCGAUCCACUAUCGCCAUAUCUUUUCAUUCUUGGAAGUGAGAUUCUUAUGAGACUUAUUAACAGAGAAGUUGAUCGGAAAAAUAUCUCAGCAAUUAAAGUGGCCAGCACAGCUCCCCCUAUUUCAAGACUUUGUUAUGCUGAUGAUGUGAUUAUUUUCUACAAAGCAAAGCAUUCUGAACUAGUUAGUCUAAAGAAAUGUUUGGAAAAGUAUUGUUCUUGGUCUGGCCAGUGUAUUAGCAUAGAAAAAUCUGGUGUUUUUCCAUCAAGAGGAGUUAGUAUUAAUUUUUUGCGCCAAGUAAAAGGCUGCUGGGGUCUUAAUUCUCUUCCUCAAAGUACCACUUAUCUUGGAGUUCCCCUGUUUUUAUCCAAGAACAGGUCCAAUGACCUCAAGUUGGUAAAAGAAAGACUAGAGAGCAAGUUGAGUAGCUGGAAGGGUAGGAAUUUGUCAUGGGCUGGGAGAGCAACUUUAAUUAAAUCUGUGGCGCAAUCUAUUCCGACAUACACUAUGGCUGCCUUGCAAUUCCCCAGGAAGUUAUGCGAUCAACUAGAUUCAGUGGUUCGUAGAUUCUGGUGGAACCCCAAAACGGAGUCAGGUCACUUCUGGACUCCUAUUGCUUGGUCUACUCUAUGUAGAUCCCAAAAGGAUGGUGGUUUGGGUUUUAGGAACUCUUGGGAUUUCAAUCAAGCCAUGCUUUCCAAAUUAGCCUGGUGGAUAUUGUUGGACAAGAACUGUUUGUGUGUUAAUGUUUUAAAGGCAAAAUAUAAGGUUAGACACAAUUGGUUAAACCACUGCUUCCUGGGUAAUGCUUCACCGGUCUGGAAAAGUUUGGCUGGUGUUAAGCAGCUCAUAGCUAAAGCAGCUUGCAUGUUGGUGGGGGAUGGUAAUUCCAUAAGGAUUUGGGAGGAUCCUUGGGUACCAGAGCUUCACGGGUUCAUUCCUACUCCAAAGAAUGGUGUUGACCCAAAUGUUGAUCUUAUUUUGAAAAUUCCUAUUUUUCCGACCAGUUACAAAGAUCAGUGGUCAUGGACUUGCACAAGCUCAGGGGAAUUGUCAGUGAAGUCGGCUUAUUGGAGUUGCCGGGAAACAGUGCAUCACAAUAUUGACCCCGUUUGGAACUGUAUUUGGAAAGCUAAACUCCAUGAGAGACACAAAAUGAUGAUUUGGAGGAUUGCUGCAGGUUGCUUGCCCACCAAAGAUAAGCUAAGCAGGUUUGUUGAUGCUGCUGAUGCUUAUUGUCCCCUCUGUAAGAUGGAAAGUGAAACCUCCCUUCAUCUUUUUGCUCUUUGUCCAGUUGCUAAGGCAGUUUGGUUUAGUAGUAAAUGGGGGCUGAGAAUGGAUUCUUUUGGUUUCUCUUCAGAAGCCCCUCCAAGGCGUCUAUCUGUUAAAAUUAAUGUUGAUGCAGCUAUUGGUCCAUUUCAUUCUUCCUUAGCUUUGGUGGCUAGAGACUGGAGAGGGGACUUGGUUUUUGCUUGUUCUCAAAAAGCGAAAACCACCCUCCCUCUCCAGGCAGAGGCUGAAGCUGUGAGAUGGGCUAUCUCUUUGGCUGCAAAGUUGGAAGCUGACAAUGUUAUUAUUGAGACAGACUCUAAGAUUUGUCAUGAUGCUAUUCAUGAGCUGAUUUUACCCCCGCCUUGGAGAAUUGCUUCUAUCUUAGCGGACUUGAAGUCUCUUCUUGUUUCUUAUUCUAAUGCGUCUGUCAUCUGGGUUCCUAGGCUAGCUAAUAUGGCAGCUCAUUCCCUAGCUAAAUGGUCUCUUGCUUGUAAUUUUUUUGGUUCUUUUGAUUGGGGUAGCUAUCCUCUUUGUUUUGCUUCUGUAAUUAAGAAGGAAAGGCUGAGCUAG